AUGGCGUCGUUUGCCGGAGCCGCAGAGCCGACUGCUGAGGCCGGGGCUCUAGCUCUUUUGGGCAGCGGGCAGCAGCUGGAGUCGGUGCGUCUGCUGGGUUUCGGGAGCGGUGUUUGCAUUUUGCUAGAGCUUUCUGAGGAGCGGAGGACGGAAGGUGAUCAGCAGGUGGAGACUGGAACCCAGCACAGCCCAGGAAUAAUGUCGGCCUCACAUGAAAAGUGUUGCAGAAUUUAUUUAAAUGUUUCCUCUGGCGUCUUUCUAGAUGCACCACCACCCCCACCAUCUCUCACUUUCAGUGAGGAAUGGAGGGAGAUAAACUGGGGAGACGAAGAAAGUCUUCAGUGUGUGCGAGACUAUAAGCCUGUAACAGAUGGCAUCAAUCUUCUCCGAGUUCUUCUGUAUGGGCCUGUUGGAGCUGGAAAGUCCAGCUUCAUCAACUCUGUCGUCAGCACCAUACGAGGCAGAAUGAGUGUUCCUGCUGCGGCCAGUGCAACAACUGCUGGAAGAAGUUUCACCACAAAAUAUGAAACUCAUUAUAUCAAAAUUGGGAAAGGAAACCAAGGGACGUAUCCUAUCGUCUUCAAUGACAUCAUGGGUCUGGAGGAAGGCGAUACCCAGGGAGUUCUUCCUGCAGACAUCAAACUGACCAUGGAAGGACACGUGAAAGAGGGUUACAUGUUCAAUGCUGCUGGUCCACUGUCAGAUGCUAAUCCGGGCUACAACAAAUCCCCCUCUCUGGACGACAGAGUUCAUGUCCUGGUGUGUGUUCUUUCUGCAAACUCAGCAGAAAUUACAGACUCAGUUCUGAGGAAGAUGGCAGAAGUCAGAGAGAUGGCCAGGGACCUGGGGAUCCCCCAGAUGAUGAUAAUCACCAAAAUUGAUGAGGCCUGUCCUGAAACUGAAAAGACCCUGAGGAAUGUGUACAUGAGCAAGUACGUGAAGCAGAAGAUGAAAGACUUCAGCUCAGCUGUGGGAAUCCCAAUGAACUGCAUCUUUCCUGUGAAGAACUACAGUGAAGAAAUCGAGAUGAAAGAUGAUGUUGACAUCCUGAUCCUGAGCGCACUGAGAAAAAUGAUCGACUUUGGAGACGACUUCAUUGACAAAAUUAAAGAAAAGGAAGAGGAAAAAUGAAUCAGAAUAUAACGCAGUGGGGCUCCUGGGCGUUUUGUAUUGCUUUGAAAUAUUUACUCUCCUAUAGAUCAGCUUCAUUUAAUGUUAUCUCUGCUGAGUCAACACACAUGUGGACACAAUUUACUCCUCAGUCCUCCUUAGUGACUUUUUUUUGGAAAAGUAACAUCUUUGAAUGAGCAUGUGGAGCCUCAUGUCAGUUUAUCAAUCCCUGGACUUUAAGAGCUCAUACAUGUUGUCGUGUUCACAGAGGAAAAGUGGGAAACUUGUAUAGGGAGAAAGUGUCUCCAAAAAAAAAAAAAAAUAUAUAUAU